AAGAGCGCCGCGGUGCCUGCGUGUUCUCCUCGGGAAGCCAGCCGGGUGCCACCAAAAGGCGGGGCAGGGACCGAGGCCUGGGGCACCCGGCCCGAGGCCUCUUUCCUCCAGACGUCCCCGGCGGCUCUCGCUCCCAGGCCCCGCAGUCUCAUUUGUCGCCUUCCAACGCGUGACCCCGGCGCGCGCGCGUCCCGGGCCGGUGACUGGCGCGGGGUGCGCCGAGCGGCCCCAUGUGCCCCCUCCUCCUCACGGCCGCCGCAGUUGCCGUGCCUCGAACCUCGCUCCAGCUCCUCGGCAGAGGGCUCGCCGCCAUGUCUACCGCAGGGCCCCUCAAAUCCGUGGACUACGAGGUGUUCGGAAGAGUGCAGGGUGUGUGCUUCAGAAUGUACACAGAAGGCGAGGCGAAGAAAAUCGGAGUGGUUGGCUGGGUGAAGAACACCAACCAAGGCACUGUGACAGGCCAAGUGCAAGGCCCGGAAGAGAAAGUCAAUUCCAUAAGACCUCUGCCAUUUGGUCUUCCUGGACAAAGUGCAAUGUCUUCUGCUGCCUGAGCUCUGGAAUUAAAGCAGAGGAAAGCUUGCUGGAGCCACGGGACACCUGAAAAUCUGCUGCAGCUGUGAUGGUGCCUUUAGCAAAGCGAUCCAAACCAACGGAAGAUGUGUCAUCAGCGCCGUUGCAUCUUCUAUUCAUUUGCGUGGUAUUUGGUAAAAGGCGAAAGAUUUGUACGUUCUGAAGAGAAACCAGAGCAUUGUGGGUGGUAUUUGGAUCACAAAAGAAAUUAGGUCAUGUUUAUAAUAUUUAAAGGGAAAGCAUAAACAACUACAUAUUGGCACUGCACUUCUGAUUUUGUGUCAUUUUUUGCACUUACUCUUUGUGUCAUAACUUUAAUAAACAUCAGAACUAGUAAAAGUUUUAUAUGCUAUGUAAGUUUGUAUACAACUGGAAAAAAUCAAAGCCAUUGGGUGAAUUAUUUUGAUUAACAAUUUUCUACUGCAAAAUGAAAGAUGGUGUUUCUAUUCAUACAUCGUUAUUAGACUUUGGAGUCAGACUUGGGUUUGAAUCCUGGCUUCACUGCCUGGCUUAGUGACUGGAUACAAGCCACAUGACCUCAGCACAGUCUAACUUUCCUCACCUGCAAAAUGCAGAGUCGUGUGCGAGCUGAGGGACUACUGCACAUGAAGUGCUCAGCACGGUGGUGCUCUGCUGUGGGGUCUUGCUGAAUAAAACUGGUAUCAGUACAGCCUGUUUUUAAGGACUGUAAUAACAACUGUGUUUUUCCUUAUAUGAAUUUAGAAAUUAAUGAGCAAAUACCACAGUUUUGAUGCAAUUCGGAUCUAUAAUUGUAAAACAGCCCACUUAUCCACAUUUCCUCCUUUCUGAGAGGCAGAACCAAGGUGCUUGUAGGGAUUUGACUGACGUCUGCACUGGCUCCUCUGUCUUAGGACGUACAUGGGCAGCCAUGCCGGUGAACACUGCUCCAAAACCGCAAGCCUGAAAAUAUGUUAACUUUCUAAAAUUAGGUUUUCAUCAGACAAUUAUUAUUUAUUGACCAUCUAAUAAGUGAAAUACAAAAGUACUACAAAAGACUAAUAUGUUUCCUACUCUACAUGUUUAGAGCUAUCAAAGACUGGGCAUCUCUUAUUUAUACAUUCAUUAAGUAAUUAGGGGGCAUCUCUUUUGUGCUAGAUACAAUGCUAAUGUCCUAGAGACACACGGAGGAAAAGAUAGAUACCUACUCUGAAGAAGCUUACAGUCUAGUAUGGUGUCUAGAAAGGGACUUAAAAGCUACCUCUUAUAAUAGUAUCAGCCUUCCCUGAUACCCCAACCCUCAGGUGAGGGUUAUGUAGUCCUCUCGUGUGUCCCAUAGCAUCCUGUGCUUGACUCAAGGCCACUUGAGGACAGGGACUGUGUCUUAUUUA